AUGAGCGAAACACAGCUGGAAAAGUUCUUCGAAAGAAUCACUAUGAUUCAUGGAAAUAUCGCUAUCCGGAAUACACAGCUUAAGCAGCUGAACUUCUUGAAAAACUUGGAAACAUUGACGACAGAUGGCGAUUAUGUCCUCGAAAUCGAUCAGAAUCCUCUACUUACUCGAAUCAACCUCGAUAAACUAAGCAGCUCUUCCGCAUCGAUUAUCGUAAAAGAUAAUCCAAAACUGGAUAUGAGCAAGUAUUGCGACAAAGUUGAUAGAAUUCUGAAUGGAAGUUUCCAGCUUGACUACCCGUUAACUUUCACUUCCAUUCUUAAUGUUCCAUCAAACCUUACAACAAUCUAUGGUGACAUCAUCUUCCAAGACACGGCAAUCAACCCUGAACGACUCGCCGUACUCCAUACCGUCACGAAACUCUAUGGUUGUCUAGUUGUUGUGCAUACUAAUUUCGUGACACUUUCAUUUCUGGAGAACUUGGAAGAAAUUUAUUGUUAUGGAGCGGCACGAUUCCACGGAGCUUUGGAGAUCAAACUGAAUGGUUAUUUGGAAAAUCUUGGACUAACAAAGCUAGUUCGGAUUGACACCGAUGAUAAGCUACAAAUUGCGAAUAAUCGUAUUUUACAACUUUCAUUUGAUGAGAUGGAAGUCUUUGCAGCGUCAAAUAUGGCUGUGGAUUGGGUGUGGGGUUUUUAUCCAACAGACGAUAUUUCUGUAAUACACGAGGACUGCACUGCCAUUCUUGGCCUUCUAUAUUAUCGCGGAAGAUCUUUCACAGCUAGAGAACUGCAAAAAUUUCAGCAAAUUACCAAAAUUUAUGGCAAUAUUGAUUUGGCCGCAAUGGAUAUAAAAGAUCUAUCCAUGUUCUCAAAUCUUCAGAAAAUUAUCUCAUUGAAUGGAACUUUACCAGCAUUUCCGGCCGUUGCGCUCGAUUUUCUCCCUAGACUCACUUCCAUCAAGCUACCUUCGUUACGAUCUAUCUACGCCCCUACGCAAUAUAAAUUUAAUGUCGAUAAUUGUCCUCAACUCAACGUUACGUUAGAUGACUGUGAUUUCUUCAAAAAUUUGAUGCAUGACGUCACCAUAGACUAUCAAAAAUGCGAUGUUUGGUAUGACGAGAAAACGAAGCCACUUGAGAUGGAACCGUUUAUUUAG